AAAUGCUAAAUUACCUUUUUUCUAAUAGGAUUGUGCCAUUAUUGUUUCUCAACGUCUUCAUGAUCAGGAUUAGCUUCCUCAGUUGACCUUAUAUAAAUAGCGGCAUUAACAUGAAUAGGUGAUCAAGACUCAGAAACCCUAGCUCGAAUUGGUGUUGCUUGUUCAACAAGCUUUCUCAAUUGUUUAACACUUUAACUCAAGCCUAGACGUUUGCGUUUCGAACUCAUUGGUAAAAUCACACGGCUUAAAUUUUUUUAUAGAGAUGACGUUAGAGAAGAAACCUGUUGGUGUUGAUAGAAUCAUCGAAAAAAAAGAAGAUAAGAUCAGCCAGUUACCAGAUUGCUUGCUUUAUGAGAUACUUCUCAAUCUUCCCACGAAGGAUGUGAUCAAGGCUAGCCUGUUAUGUCGCAGAUGGAGAGAUCUUUGGCAAUCUGUUCUUGGAUUGGAUUUGGAGUUUAAGGGCCCCAGAGAUUUUGAUAAAUACGGUUUCUUCUACAGAUUUCUAGAUGUGAAGAGGGACGUGUGCUUACAAAGAAUUAAGCUACGGUAUGUUAGAUACAAGGACAAUACUUAUAACGAGACAACAAUAGACACUGCUAUUAAGCAGAAAAUUCAACAUUUAGAUGUUGGUUAUGUUGACCCAAAAAGAAGAAAAGAUAUUCGUUUAAGGUUAAUUAAGAUACCUCCAACCAUUUAUACAUCGUGUGAGAGGUUGGUCUCUUUGAAACUCUAUCGUGCAACCUUGCCUACACCUCCGCAGUCAGUUUCUUUGCCUUGUCUCAAGUUCAUGGAUCUCAAACAAAUCUGGUUUGUUGGCAGUUUGGUAAUGGAUAUGCUGAUCGCUGUCUGUCCAGCUUUAGAAACCCUCACUGUGGAUUUAUUGUAUGGAGUCGAAGUCCCAUCUCCGUCUCUUUUGAACAGUCGCUAUAUUGAAAGAAUCAUUAUGAAUGAUUUGAGCUCCAUUGUUAAGUUGUAUUUUGUUGGUUUGAUUACUUCCGUUGAAAACUAUCUUCAUUUGCUUACAGUGAUCUCUCGUGUAAGAGAGUUAACCAUCUCUUCUGACAUUCUCACGGUCCAUCGUAAGUUCUCCAAAUCGGAAUCAUUACCCCAGUUUCAUAAACUUUCUUUCUUGAGCGUCAAGGCUAUCAAUAACUUUGGAUUCUGGGAACAUUUGCUAGUUUUUCUUGAGAAGUGUCCAAAUCUAAAAUCCCUUGUCAUGGACUUUAAAAGUUACAACUAUGGAUUAAACUUCUUCGAUGUGCCUCAGUGUGUCUUAUCAUCGCUUGAGUUUGUUGAGGUAAGAGCAAAGGACAUGGCAGAUAUGAAGAAAAUAGGGAGAUAUUUUAUGGCUAAUUCAACAGCACUCAAGAAAUUUACACUCCGUUUAGAUCAGAUAGAAGAAGAACAUUAUGUGAUCCUAAACGAGCUCUUUGCAUUGCCAAGACAAUCUAUGGAGUGUGAAGUUGUUGUUCGCUGUAGAGCUUUUGGAACAUGCAAGCCCUUUUCUUUGUUUACUUGUGCUAACGGUUUCUCCUGAUUGGAAGUCAUGUACUUUAGGGUUUGAGCUUUGCAGGUCAUUUUGUGUUCCAUAUUUUGGGAAGUCGUAAUAGGCGCUGCCUAAUUAGGAAUCUCAAUGAAAUAAUCUCCAAGGUAGGACAAUUAACUCUGCUAUUUACUUUAUGCUCUGCUUAACCAUAUGAUGUUUCAGUUUACAUUUUUCAGAUACUAAAACAAUGUGAACCUGCAAUUAUAUAUUCCACCACAUUCUGAUGUACCCUUUUUAUUCAACAAACAAUAUGUUUUCACUUUAGAUC